AUGAUCAACAGACAAGGCCAACUCACAAAGUCGGUCAUCUUACUUUUCAACGCACCCACACCCCCACCAUACAUCUCAAAUGGUACACGAUUCCCAAAAGUCACACCAUUCAUCACGAAAAACCAAACCACAAACAACCACAAACUUACAAAUAAAACAUACGCUAAAGCGACAUCAUCCACAUCAACAACAACAACCAAAACUUUCAACACCGAUUUCAAACUAAGCAAUGGAGAAACACAAAACAUACACAUAAAACAAGCACCACCACGCACAGGAAACGAACCCAUCACUAAGCAACGAUCUAUAAACACAAUAGGGUCACUUUUCAUGGCCCUAUCAAAUCUCGAUCAAAACCCCACUAAACUGUUCAACACAUUCAAUAACACCCUCAUAUCUGAACUCGGGAUAGGUCUUGAUAUAACAGUAGAUGAAGAGACCAACAAAACAAUGGAAAUGACCCCUACAAAAACACCCACAGUCACACCUACACAAAUUACACCCACAUACAAAAGACCCACUACAGAAGAUAUGACACCUGACACCGACACAAAGGAAAAACAAGCCAUAACCACACACCCCACAUCGCCAGCGACGCUCAAAAUUACUCCCACACAAACACACCUAAUAACAACGCCACAAAAAACACACGCCGUCGAAUCAGUCACACCCCCCAAAACACCUCACACAACCAUUAAAUCACCAUCCAUAGCAUCUACACAAUCCACACCAAAAUCUCCUACCAACAUACCACUCUCACCUCAAAACACAAUUAGGAAAAAUGGAAAAACAUGA